AGCGUGCCCCCUUCAUUCCCUUAUUUUUUCUUUUGCUAUCUUCUCUUAUCACUAAAUACCGAUUCCCGGGAAACAAAUAGAAAACAGAUAAUAUUACUGUAUAGCAGUUGGUUCAUCACAUAUUUUCAUAAACCAAAAACAAAAAAAAGAAAGAAAAGCAGGAAGAAAAAGAGUUGGUUCGUCACAGUAAAUGGACAUGGAUUCAGCUCAACGUCGGAUUCAAGCCAUUCACGGCCAUCUUCUCGCCGCCAGAGACUGUUCUCCUUCUCACCUCCGUCUCAAUCCAACAGCUGGCGAGUUCUUCUCUGAGCAGGGUUACAGUGUUGUGCUUCCAGAGAAAUUACAGACAGGAAAAUGGAAUGUCUACAGGUCUGCCCGUUCUCCUUUGAGGCUUGUAAGCAGAUUUCCUGAUCAUCCUGACAUUGGUACAUUGCAUGAUAAUUUUGCGCGGUCAGUUGAUACUUUCCGGGAUUACAAAUAUUUGGGUACACGAAUUCGGGUUGAUGGAACAGUUGGAGAGUAUAAAUGGAUGACAUAUGGAGAGGCGGGUACUGCACGAACAGCUAUAGGUUCUGGCCUAAUGCAUCAUGGAAUACCGAAGGGAUCUUCUGUUGGAUUAUAUUUUAUCAACAGGCCAGAAUGGCUCAUCGUUGAUCAUGCCUGCUCAGCGUACUCUUAUAUAUCAGUUCCUUUAUACGACACUCUUGGUCCAGAUGCUGUCAAGUUUAUCGUUAAUCAUGCUGAUGUACAAGCUAUAUUUUGCGUACCCCAGACUUUGACUCCUUUGCUGAGCUUCUUGUCUGAAAUUUCAUCCGUACGUCUGAUUGUGGUUGUUGGAGGAAUGGAUGAUCAAAUGCCAUCUCUUCCAUCAUCAACUGGAGUUCAGGUUGUAACAUAUUCAAAACUACUUAGUCAGGGCCACAGUAAUCUUCAGCCUUUUUGCCCUCCAAAACCUGAAGAUGUUGCUACAAUUUGCUAUACAAGUGGUACAACAGGAACACCAAAGGGAGCUGCAUUGACCCAUGGAAACCUGAUUGCAAAUGUUGCUGGGGCCACACUUGCUACUAAAUUCUACCCAUCAGAUAUUUACAUAUCAUAUCUGCCUCUUGCACACAUUUAUGAAAGGGCAAAUCAGGUCUUGACAGUAUAUUAUGGAGUUGCUGUUGGAUUCUAUCAGGGGGAUAAUCUGAAACUCAUGGAUGAUAUGGCUGCUCUAAGACCCACCAUCUUCUGCAGUGUUCCUCGGUUAUAUAAUAGAAUAUAUGCUGGUAUCACUAAUGCCGUGAAGACAUCUGGUGGACUACGGGAGAGGUUAUUUAAUGCUGCAUACAAUGCUAAGAAGCAAGCAAUUCUGAAUGGCAGGAGUCCUUCUCCAAUGUGGGACAGAUUGGUAUUCGAUAAGAUAAAGGCGAAACUUGGUGGACGAGUUCGUUUCAUUGCGUCUGGUGCUUCACCCUUGUCUCCUGAUGUCAUGGAGUUCUUGAAGAUUUGCUUUGGUGGGCGUGUAAGUGAAGGAUAUGGAAUGACCGAGACUUCUUGUGUUAUAAGUGCUAUGGAAGAAGGUGACAACCUAACUGGACAUGUUGGCUCUCCUAAUCCAGCCUGCGAAAUAAAGCUUGUAGAUGUUCCAGAAAUGAGCUACACAUCUGACGAUCAGCCAUAUCCUCGUGGUGAAAUCUGUGUGAGGGGCCCCAUUGUAUUUCAAGGAUAUCAUAAAGAUGAAGCACAGACGAGAGAUGUAAUUGAUGAAGAUGGAUGGCUUCAUACUGGAGAUAUCGGAUUAUGGUUACCUGAAGGUCGUCUGAAGAUCAUUGAUAGAAAGAAGAACAUUUUUAAGCUGGCGCAAGGAGAGUACAUAGCUCCAGAGAAAAUUGAGAAUGUAUAUGCUAAAUGCAGAUUCAUUGCCCAGUGCUUUGUGUAUGGGGAUAGCCUGAAUUCUGCUUUGGUAGCCAUCGUCGCGGUCGACCAAGAUACACUGAAAGCAUGGGCUGCUUCUGAAGGCAUUAAGUAUGAAAAUCUGGGGCAACUAUGCAAUGAUCCAAGAGCAAGGGCUGCUGUGCUUGCAGACAUGGAUGCUGUUGGAAGAGAAGCUAAGCUACGAGGUUUCGAAUUUGCAAAAGCUGUGACUCUGGUGCUGGAACCAUUUACAAUGGAAAAUGGUCUGCUGACUCCAACAUUUAAGAUUAAGAGACCACAAGCAAAGGCAUACUUUCAGAACACGAUAUCAAAAAUGUAUGAAGAGCUGGCUACGUCCGAUCCCUCCCCGAAACUGUAGUUGUAAAGUUGAGAACUAAAGCAUAGAUUUGUAGAAUCAGGGGCCAAGUAUUUCUCAGCACUCUUCACACGACAAUAAAGAUAAAGAUUUCUAUAUGAGAAGCAGCGGAAAAAGGCCUGGUGUUGUCCUCUUUGUUGAAGCAUUCCGCAUCACGAUCCCUGUUGGGUUUUUCACUCUAAAACAGACAGUCAUAUACGAAAAACUGAUUAUUUUUGUAUAAUCGUACCUCCAGUCGUCGAGGUCCAUACACACGUAUAA